CUCAACCACCUCAUCGUCUACGUCAUCCUCGACAGUGACUAGCACCACUUAAGGGCAGGCUAGUAAAGGUGUUCCGGUUCUUACCGUUUCUUUUGCCUUUCUGAAGGAGGAAAGGCAUAACGAACGGGGUAUAAACGAACCAACUACACCAAAAAGCUACCUUUAGAAGUAGGUUGUUGGUGCUCGCUUACCCCGCUUGUUAUGCCUUUCUCCCUUAGGAGAGGCAUAAAAAGCGGUAAGAAAAGCACCUUUAACCUACCCUUAAUACCUCUAAGCGGCGUCUUCGUCGACCACUACAGCAACUUCAACCACAAGUUCGACAACCACAACGAGCCCAGCAUUUGAAGGUGGAACUCUGAACAGUGAGCUGUACUUGGAUGUCUCGCAAUCUUCGACUUCCGGUGGACAUGUGGCGUGGAUGCCGCUCUUAAGGCUACAAGACAUCCUAAUCCAUCUUCCCCAACAGGAGACUGUUCUGCAAAAGAUACAAUUACAAGAUAGAAGCUUUCUAACUUUUAGAGAGAACAAUAAGUUUCUUGAAUUCUAAGGCCAAUGAAAUUGCUGUAAAAAGAAUAUCAGUACUUUGGUCCUCUUCCUCGGUCCAACUCAUUGGUCCCGUUUUUAAAGGAAAAAGGGAGCCGCAGAUGCGGCCGCUGCGGAUGGAUUUCUCUUAGUUCUAACGCUAGCCUAUCGCACAACUGGAGGCACAACCAGGGACCUCACAGGAACAGGAACGUGCUGUCUCACCAAUGACGAUGGAGGAGACACGAACUUCAGAAAUUGGUGGAGAGCAGCUUUUCCCUCAGGUGUGACGCGCUAUGUGAGCGAAGUAACUCUGUGGAACCGUGGGGACUGUUGUACAGACAAAUUUUAAGGCUGGCUGCCAAGAACGCAUGAUCCCCCUACCGCAUGAUCCUGGGUUCUCUUUCUUUUGAAGGGGUCAAGGAUCGACCCAAGGGUCAAAGAUUGAGGAAUGCGAACGCGGUAGUUCUAAAAAUUAGACAACGCGCGAAUUAUGUAUGACGAUUAUCUGGGGAAUGCGGUUAGCACACAGAUUUCUGGCUCCGACAUUGACCAAUCGAUCGAUCUCAGCGGCGCGAGCUCCAUUGGCACCAUAGCUGGCGACGCCAUUGGGACUACAAUUAUGCAAGAAGAUGAUGAGGACCACGCUUGCAAAUUGAGUUUGAGAAGAACACACUUAAUAAAUUAGACUGGAGAUUCAUCGAUGUGAAAAACAAAGCCGCUAAGCCCAGUACUUACUUACUUACUUACUUACUUACUUACUUACUUACUUACUUACUUACUUACUACUGCUAGUUUCCGACUUCAGCUUCUGGCUCUAAUACGCUCCAGGUUCGACGGAAGAUCAACGCGCUGACACUGUUCACAAAGUUUGACGAUACCAAUGGGGGCGUUCUGACGCUGUGUGGGAUCCAUGUGAUAGGAACCAAAGCGUUUCAGACAACGACUAUUAAGGCCACCAAGAAGCAAGAGUGAGAAUUCUUUUCUAAAAGAAACAACUUAGAUGUCACCUCGACAUGUUGAUUGUACUCGAUAAGCAUCUACUUCCUCAACUUCUUGUCCUUGUUCUUGUACUUUCGUCCUUCGUACAUCAGCAUGAAGAUUCUUAUACUAGGAGGUUGCUGGUGACAAGAAAGGGCCACGGGCGCGAUGCAGGCCGCGAAGUAGCUCUGCUAUAUUAGAAGAACAGCUCUAAAACAAUCAAUGAUGGGUUCUUCGAGACAGUCUACCAAUCCAGCACAAAACAUUACGAAGGCUUUCCCUACUUGCCGCUCCUCUACAGAUCAGCGGCCGAAGAUUCAG